AUGAGAGCAAAACGACGCCUUAGAGGAAAAAGGAUAUUUAUCAAUGAAGACCUCACGUGGCUAAAUCAAAAGCUUCUCAAGCAAGUUCGUGAAGCGUGUAAAGGCUCGGCGUUAGUUUAUACUGCUGACGGCUAUGUUAUGGUUAGAUCUAGAAAUGGUGAACCACCAGUUAGA